AAAAUGAUUGAACAUUUAAGAAGACUGUUCAAGAGAUUCACGUAAAAAGUACGGGGAACUAGAGAUUGUUAAUAGUUAGUGGUAAACUCUCCUGGGGGAUGGAGGUCACUUUGGGCUUCAGAAAAGAAAGAGACACAACCAUCUGAGAACCGGAUAGAGUUACAUUUAUCUACAUUUAUCUACAUUUAUCUACAUUUAUCUACAUUUAUCUACAUUUAUCUACGGAACCACAAGAAGAUCUAAUAUCUCAUAGGUGUACCAGAGAUGUCACCAUCUACCGGACCAUCCAUGCCAGAGGAUCCCUCGUAUGUCAUAUGAGGGAUGGGAGUAUGACUACCACACAGACCAAAGUUGACGAGUGAGUGAUUCAUAAAGAUUUGAGGAAAAAAAUUACUAGAAAAGGAGCUGACAAAAUGAGUGAGAUAGAGAAACAGAUGCUCAGUAAACUCUCCCAGAUAAGACAAAUCCUGGAAGAGACACCAGGACUUUUAUGUUCUCCUGGCCAACAAGUUCAGAAUGGAGGAUCCAUCAAUAAGCAGGGACCAGGGCAUGAGGUUGGGAUCUUCUCCGUGGAGGUGAUGGAUCCUGAAUGGCUGAAAGCUGCAUUGAAUUCACGUUUUUUCGAUAGAUGGGUGAAUAAAAGCAAAUAUACCAUCUUCAAAGACGCAAAGAAAAAGGAUUCCAUUUCUGAGAGCACCUUCUGCAUUUUCCUUACUGAUCCGUUUAUGUGGAAUCUUAUGUCAAGUUUAGAAAAAGCUCAAGAGUUGAAAGAAUUGGGAAGUAAACCCUUUAUAGUGGUGAUUGAUGAUGCAGACGACAGCGGAGAUGCAAAGAAGAAAAAAAUCCUAAAUGAUCUGAUCAUGAGUAAGAUAUAUAUCAAAGAUCUCUUCCUCUUCAGCAAACUGGAAAAGGAAUGUGACUUCAUGACUUAUCUCAAUAAUGAUGACCUAACAGACUCUAUGCCCAUUGGCAAAGAUCCACCAGUGCUCGUCCCAGCUAUGCCGGACCUGGACAAACAUGUUAGUACCCAACAUGUAGCACCCAUGAUGGGUCCACUCGUGUCCAACCAAGCUGUGCCAAACCCGGACAGACAUGUAAAUACAGCCCCUGCAGCCCACAUGACGAAUGAAGAUAUAUUAGCACUGUUCCAGACUACCCCAAACCCGAACAAACCUGUUAGCUCUUACCAUGCAGCACACAUGAUGGAUAAGUAUGAAAAUCAAUAUCCACCAGUGCUCGUCCCAGCUAUGCCGGACCAGGACGGACAUGUUAGUACCCAACAUGUAGCACCCAUGAUGGGGGUAAAUAUAUUAGCACCACCCUCAGCUACCUUGAACCUGGACAGACCUGUUAGUUCUCACCAUGCGGCACAUCCGGCGGAUGAUGGAAUGUUCACUCCAGCAUCCACUAUCAAGGAAGGACAUGGUAAUAAUUCCCAUCCAGCACACACAAUGGGAGAGGAAUUUUUAGUGGCGAUCUCACCUACCUCAAGCCAUGAGAUAUUUAAUAACUCUUCCUGUCCAACACAGAUAGUGGGGGUAAAUAUAUUAGCACUCCCAGCUACCUUGAACCCGGACAGACUUGCUAGUUCUCACCAUGCAGCACAUCCGGCGGAUGAUGGAAUGUUCACUCCAGCAUCCAUUAUCAAGGAAGGACAUGGUAAUAAUUCCCAUCCAGCACACACAAUGGGAGAGGAAUUUCUAGUGGCGAUCUCACCUACCUCAAGCCAUGAGAUAUUUAAUAACUCUUCCGGUCCAACACAGUUAGUGGGAAAAGAUCUACUAUUAUCCAUCCCAUCAACUUCAAGACAAAGGAGAUGUGCUAAAACUUCCAGUCCAGCAAAUGUGAUGGGGAAGUACAACAACCAAGAGCCAAAGACCAAUAUCUCUAUAAAGCAACAACCAGGUAAAAAGCACAUCACCGGGAUAUUCUCCAGAUCUUCCAAAGAGGAUUACUCCUGGCUGGUGGAACUCCUGACAUCCGAAAAUUUCAGAGAUAGCAUCCAAGAUGUUAAACCUUGUUACAUUUCCAACAAUGGAUUCCAAAGGUUUAUAGAUGGUUUGUCUCAGUGCACAUUUGGGAUUCUGUAUCACACCAAGAACAGAGGAAGAAUCAACAUCACCAACGUCACAGACUCCCUGUAUGAUGAAGAACUGGAAUGUCUUGAACAGAUGCUCGGAAAGGACAAUGUGGUGGUGCUGAUUGAUGAUCUGGAGGACAGCAGUGAUCAGGAGAAGACUCGAAUCCUGGAGAAUCAGCCCGAUAUUAAAAGAUUGGCCAGUGACCUCCUCCUCAUAUCAUGCACGCAGAAAGCUGAGAAAAUACAGCUUGUAAGAAAACUGAAAAGUGUAAUCCAAUGACAUCAUCCUUAGUAAUUCCAUCUAUGAUGGAGCAAAGUUCAAGUGUUCACAAAUGUCCUGACAAUGCAUCCAGCAGCCACAAUGUAGGAAUAAAAAUCUGAAAUCCCACCGAUACAGAGCGAAAAAGUGAGGAUUUCUCGAUUGUAAAAGUACAAAGAUCAGGAGUGGUGAUUGUCCAUGGACAAGUGAAUGGAAAUACCGAUCGGCACUGCAAGUUCCAAGACGUAGGGUCUGAGAAUGAGAAGACAUGGAGGGUCAACAAGAAGCUUAAAGGGAAAUGACUGGAAAUUAAGCCAUAUUUUGAGCUUUUAUUAUAAUUUUACCUUCGAUCAAUUUUUUAUGGAACUUUUACAGUUUAAAUCAUUUGCUGUACCAUAUUGUAAUUAAAGCGGAAUGUUAAUCUGCCUAUA